UGCAUCAUUUUUCAUCCAUAAUGAAGUUCAUUUUCUUCAUCUGCUUACCUUUUGUUCACUCAGAGUCGCACACCUUCUUCACAUUAUACAUUGAAAUAAAUGGACAGACGAUUGCAGGAAUCCCAGAGAUUUCCUCUCUAUCUGUAUUGGAUGAACGACAGAUUGAUUAUUAUGAUGGUGAGACAAAGAAGCUGAUUCCCAGACAAGACUGGAUGAAGGAGUUUACAUCUGGAGACAGAUUUGAAGAAUACAUUGAGUUUAGAGAACGAGCACAGCAGAUCAACAAAAUCAGCAUUCAUCUUCUAAUGCAGCGAUUCAAUCAGUCACACGGUGUUCAUACGUAUCAGAGGAUGUGUGGAUGUGAUUGUGAUGACAAGACUGGAGACUCAAAUGGGUUUGAUGAGCACGAUUAUGAUGGAGAGGAUUUUAUCUCGCUAGACAUGAAGGAGCUCAGAUACAUCUCACCUGUACCUCAGGGAAUAACAGUGCAGAAGUGGAAUUAUGACAGAAAACAACUUGAUUUACUCAAACAAUACUACACAUAUGAGUGCAUUUACUGGUUAAAGAAGUUCUUGACAUUAAGGAAAGUGGAUUUAGAGAGAAAAGCUCCUGAAGUGUCUCUGUUACAGAAGGAUCCCUCCUCCUCUGUAGUGUCGUGUCAUGCCACCAGUUUUUACCCAUCAGCAGUGACUAUCACCUGGUUAAGAAAUGGACAGGAGAACCAUGAGGAUGUGGAUCUUGGAGAGACACUACCAAAUGUGGACGGGACUUUCCAGAAGACUGUUACGCUCAAUGUUCCUCCAGACAACUGGAAGAAGGACCAGUAUGUUUGUCUGGUGGAGCACGAGGGAAAGAGCAUCCAGACGACUCUGACUAAGAAGAAUAUUAAGAGUAACUAUGGUAAGUUGUUAAUAGUGCGGUAUAGUGUAGAAGUUGUUGUUCUUCUAUCAUAA